AAUUAAAAAAAGAUGGAGAAUCCUGUUGAGAGAGCAGUAAAUGAGGCAACUGCAGAUACAUUAUAAAUGCCUGACUAAAAACUUAUGAAAUAGGUAGCUGAUUUAGUCAAUCAAAGAGCUGACUAGUAAGAUUCUAAUUCAAAUCUUAGAUCGAAAUUUGCAGUCUAGGCAAUUGGUAAGAGACUUAUGCAGCUUCGUAAUGGCAAGGUGUAAGCUCUUACAAUGGAGCUUAUAGAAUAUCUUGCAUUCACUUGUGAAACACCCUUCUAUACAUAGAUUGCUACUAAUGACUUUCUAUAAAGACUAAAUACACUCCUCAAUCCAUAGAUGAAUGCCUAAGUAAUUCUCUAAUUUACCCAAUAGAUGUAACAAAGAUUACUAUAAGUAAUUGCAGUACUCAAAUAACUUAUGUAAUCACAUCAGGAUCUAUUUCCUGCUUUCUUCCAAUUUUUGCAAAAGAUCUCUCCUAAACGUAACUGUCUUUUAGUAUAUCUAUUUUAGAUCAAGUACCUAACAAUUACGAUAGUAAAUAUGCGGUUCUCAGAAAGGCACAACCAGCAUACUCAUCUGGUGCUAGAGUAAAUAGUCUAGGAUCUGUAAGAAAUUCCUUAUUUAAAAUUCAAGGGCAAUUCCAAAAAUGAUAAACUUAAACGUGAUCUUGACAUUGUCAAAUCCAAUAUUACUUUGACUAAUGUAAUUCAAAUACUAUUUCUAGGAAAUUAUUGAUAAUGCAAAUCCACAAGAAGAUGCCAGUAAAAAUGAAAUCCUCAAAGAUAUGACAACUACUUUGAGAGGAGUAGAAGAAAAAUUAAGAAAGUAUUCUCUUGUAAUUUAAGAUUAGUUUAAUUACUGAUAUGGGUAAUAAUGAUGAAGGUUUAAUGAGCUUUUGUUUAGAAUUAAAUGAUGAUCUUCUCAGAGUAAUAUUCUUAAUUUAUUAAUUAAUAGACUUUCACUAGAUACGAAAUUUUAAAGAAGCAUAAGAAACCAGAACCAUUCAGACCUGAAUAGUAAUAAUAAUAAUAAUAAUAAUAAUAAUAAUAAUAAUAAUAACAAUAACAAUAAUAAUAAUAACAAUAACAACAAAAUUAAUAACCAUUCGCACAACCAUAAAAUGUUCAACCUAGUCCUUUCUAAUAACAAUAAAAUCCUUUUAGUAUUCCUCCUCCCAUUUAAUAACCAACAUAAACAUAAUCAAUCUAACAACCUCCUUAGACUAAACCUUAAUAAAUUGAUUUGCUAAAUUUAUUUGAAUAUGAUGAACCAAAACCAGCAGUUUAAUAAUAAAAAGGACCUUAACAAACUUAAGCUGUUUAACCUGAAAAAUAAUAAAAUAUGUAAUAACUUCCUAUUUAUAGUUUAAUAAAGAAUCGAUUUAUUUGAAGUAGACAUGCCAAAUCCUGAGCCAUAAUAAUAAUAAUUAGGAUCAAUGAUUCCAUAAUCAUAAAUACCUCCUAAUUCAUAACUUCCACCUGUUUCAUAAGUUCCUCCUUUGUAAUAAAUUUCAUCCUUGUCAUAAACACCAACUCUCUAAUAAUAUUAAUAACCACCAGUUUAAUCUUAACUUUAUGGAUAAGCACCAGUGUAAUCCUAACUUUAUGGACAACCCCCUAAUACUUCUUAAGUCCCAUUCUAAUCUAAUUAUUCUGCAAUGAAUGCAUUCCCUCCUUAAUAAUAAGUUCCUGCAAUGAAUGCAUUCUCUACAUAAUAAUAAGUUCCAAAUCAACAAUAACAAUUUGUUAAUUAAUAAUAAUAUCCUCAAUAAUAAAAUGUAUUAAUUUUAUUUUAUUGAAAGUUACAAUAAUUAUAUCAACCAUAAUAGUUUGGAUAACCACAAAAUAAGUAUUAAGCAUUUUAAUAGCAACCUACUUAACCAUAUUCAUAAAAUCAACCUUAUUAAUAAUAAGGAUAUCCUUAACAAUAAUAUCCAGUGAUCAGUAGUAAGACUUUAUUCUUAUUUUAGAUGUUUCUUCUUAAUAAAAGAAACCAGAAAAUGAAUUUGAUAAUAUACUUAAUUUGGCAGUAGGCUAAAAAUCAUAACCAUAACAAUCAACAUAGUAGCAAUAAUAAAAGUUAGACUUUAUUUGAUAUCUAUAUAG